AUGAUACCCUACGGCGCCACGCCUCGCGCGAUUGGGCCCAUCGGCGGCUCAGUGCGCAUAAAGCUGAAACCCAGACCUAAACGCAUUCUGGAAACUCGACCGAUCCUCGCCGCGCUCAGAAAGUUCGGCGAAGUCAAGACAUUCAAGAACCUCAAGUACGACUACUUCUUCAAAGAAGCGAACGGCUUCAAUCGCGACGUCAUAGCCAUAUUCGACGACCAAGCAGCCGCCGACCGCGCGAUUGCCGCAUCACCAUUGACCGUGAACAUCGACCUCCCCGAAGCGAAAGACGCGGACACCACCACAACCUCCGAAUCGCCCACAAGCUGGAAAAUAACAUCACCUUACAUCGCCCGACGCGAAUCGGUCUUCGGUCCCGACCGCAUCAGGCGACAGAUCACCUGCACCAUCACGUCCGAACCCAGACCCUUCCACGGCUUCUGGGCUCCUCCACACAACGUCUACAAUACCCGCGAUGUGGACAGUCCCAUUCUCAAAGACUUGAUCAGUCAAGAAAAUGGCAUCCCACUGCCCCAGCUCACCAACACUCUUCAUCGCCCAUACGAGGAGACACCCCAGCUCACGCCGCACGAUAUGAGACGGAAGAACCCAAACGAAAUGCACAUCAGUCUAAUGGAGCUUUUCAAGAAUGGCGCUCAGCAGAGCAGGCUGGUACAGAACCCGAGACCAGUGAUGCAGCAUUCUAGGCGGACUGGCUUGAAAAAUGUAGCCACACGGCAGGCUGGGAAGAGUCGCACUGAGGAUGUGGAAGACUGA